CCUCGGGUCGCCCGGGAAGCCAGGCCCACGGAGCAGCCCUUCCAGCGCUGAGCCGGCACCAUGAUCAAGAAAGCGGCUGCUGCUGCGGUGGGAGGAGCCGUGGCCCUGGGCGCCGCGCCCCUGGUGCUGGGCGCCGCGGGCUUCACCGGCGCCGGCAUCGCCGCCUCCUCCCUGGCCGCCAAGAUGAUGUCGGCGGCGGCCAUCGCCCACGGGGGCGGGGUCCCCGCCGGCAGCCUGGUGGCUGUCCUGCAGUCCGUGGGGGCAGCUGGACUCUCCACGUCGUCCAACGUCCUCCUGGCCUCUGCUGGGGCCGUUCUGGGUGCCUUGCUGGGAGGUUCCAAAAAGGCGGCCCUUCCCUCUCCCCCAGCUGGCCCCGGGGCUGAAGGGGACCAGCCAGGAGAAAACGCACCCCAGGUGAACCCUCCGAAACCCCCCCUCAGCUCCGAGAAGCCUCAGAAAUAAAGGUCACGUGCACAUGC